AUGAGCAAUGCCUCCAUCCAUUUCUACGACAAAGAAGUUUUCAUUGAUGUCGGCAAUGCUUUCCUUCUUUCCGGUGGCAGUGAAGGUCUUGCGGCUUCUCUCUCGGCCGAUUCCGACACGUCUUCUGUCCGCAAUGGCCAAUCCUCCAUCCAAUUUUAUAAUAUCACCUUUUGGAGGAGCAAGGCUGCUGCUGACCAACAUACAGACAAGGAGCAUAGCACUGGGUUGAUUCAAGUAAUUAUCUUUGAGGCUGCCGAUCGUGAUAACAUUGGUGGUUCUGCAUAUGGUGGACAGAGAGCUAUAUGUUGUACUCCAGAUUUAGCUAAGCUUGAAGGAUGUAAGCAAGGGGAAGUCAUUAGAAGACCUUCUGCAUUGGAUAUUAACUGGCCAUUUGUUUUAAAUGUGCAAUUCAGUGGAAACUAUCUUCACACUCGAAUGGAAGAUAUGGAAGUUCCCAUAACAAAAACUGGAAUGUAUAACUUGUUCUUUGUAACAUGCGAUCCAAACCUCAAAGGAUUAGUGAUGAGUGGGAGGACAAAGUGGAAAAAUCCUUAUGGUUAUUUACCCGGACGGAUGUUCUCUUUAAUGAGAUUUUAUGUAUUCAUGUCUGCUGCAUAUUUAUUGCUUACGGUCAUAUGGUUAUCUCAGUAUGUGAGGUUCUGGAGAGAUAUUCUACAACUUCAGCAUUGCAUCACAGUCGUCAUUGCUCUUGGAUUAUUUGAGAUGGUCCUUUGGUACUUUGAAUAUGUCAACUUUAAUGAUACAGGAAUUAGGCCAGUUGUAAUCACAACAUGGGUGGUGACUGUUGGUGCUGUAAGGAAAACAGUUACGCGGCUUCUUAUACUGUCCAUUUCCAUGGGUUAUGGUGUUGUGCGGCCUACUCUUGGUGGUCUUACCUCAAAGGUUCUUCUUCUAGGGGUAACUUACUUUUUGGCAUCUGAGUUAUUGGAUAUUACGGAGUAUGUUGGGACUAUAAAUGAUGUUUCUGGAAGAGCAAGACUGUUCCUAGUCCUCCCUGAUGCAUUCCUAGAUGCCUUUUUAAUAUUAUGGAUUUUUACUUCCCUUUCAAGGACGCUAGAGCAGUUACAGAUGAAAAGGAGCUCUGUUAAGUUGGAAAUAUAUAGGAAGUUCUCAAAUGCAUUGGUAGCCACCGUUAUUGCUUCUGUUGCUUGGAUUGUGUAUGAGGUCUACUUCAAGGCGACAGAUCCUUUCAAUGAAAGGUGGCAGAGUGCUUGGAUCAUAACUGCUUUUUGGAACAUUCUUGCAUUUGCUUUACUGUGCGUUAUCUGCUAUCUCUGGGCACCAUCACAGAGUUCUCAACGGUAUGCUUACUCCGAUGAAAUUGGAGCUCAAUCUGACGACGAAGAGGCUCAAUCCCUAAACCGAGCAAAGCCGGAGAGUGAACUUAGUUUUGUGAAGCAAGAGCGGAACGAGAAGGAUAGCGGAAACACUAUGGAGUUCGAUGAAGACGAUGACAGGGAAGAGGAUAAAAGAGAAUGAUCAAUCAGCUUUCACUCAGCCUUUUUGUUUUCAAUCUGCAGAAAGUCCAGUUCAUUGGGAGCCCUCUACGAGAUCACCCAAAUACUAAAUCAAAGUGUCAUCUUGAAAGUGAGGGCCCUGCAACAUGGCAUCACAAUGGAGGUUUGUAUAUUCUAAUGAAAUGUAAUGGAAGGCAAAAUCACAAGAUUUUUCUGUAUUCUUUUUUACGCCCAUUACCCUCAUUUAUUUUGUAAAGUUAUGUCUGCAUAUAUGUUCUUUGAAAUCUUGAGAAUAUUGAACUGGUUUUUUUUUU